AUGCAACGCGAUCGGGAAGGCGAACAUUUUGGUUGGGGGCGCAAGUCAGCCGCCGAGGCAUGUUUCGUACAGCCAGCGACGCACAAGAGGACAAUCGACCCGGGGGACAACCCAAUCAACUUCAGGAACCACGCAUUUUGGGACAAGUCCUGGCAAAACCGUCCCAAGGACAGCUCCAAAGUAUCGCCCCAGUUCCGAACAUACAACUCGCCGGAAAUGUUUAACCCACGAUCAAAAAUCAACACGCCCAAACAUCACGAAGGCAAUCCCUCGCCUACUUAUGACUGGAUUUCAGAAGCGCCUGUCUCAUCUCCCCUAACAACGGGCAAUCGCACGGGCCCAGUUGCUAAACCGUCGUCAAUCAGCGGUCAUCGUAUGACUGCGAGGCAGCUGUUUGACCAGUACGGCAUAACACCGCCUCCCGGCUAGUUAUCGGACAAAGGGGACGAAGUUGACGAAGAAGACGAAUCGAUAAUCAAGGAGCACCACGACAAACUCCAGGCCGAAGGUGUCAACAUGUCGAGAGUCCGGAGAUUCUGGAGGAUAUUCCAUUGCCAUAUAUGUGGCGGUGAUGUCAAAGCACAA